UUGUUUGUUGUGUGUGGCGAAUGCAUGUGCACGAAGAGGAACAAAUCAAGUUCUCAUUAGACAUUUGUUCUGUUAUUUUACAGUAUUUGUUUUGGCAACCCAGCUGCCGAAAUAUUACUGUUUUUUUUUUUAAAGGAACAGAGGACGGGAAGUGGAGUGAAGUUAUAAAGUUAUGAAGUUGUUAGAGCCCCGGCUAGACCUUUCCUUUUAACACUGUCAGUGCAGCAGGGACUUUCCUUUAGAGAAACUGUGAGUAGUAGAGACAGUGGGUGGGAGGGAACAUCAGACUGACUGAAGGAGGAGCCUGAAGAGAAGAGAGCCAGCCAAAGGGAGGGGCACAGACAGGCUUGGCAGAUGUGUUUUGUCUUCAGCUGUAAAAGAACAGGGGACGAGGAAUGACUGCAUGCCGUACAGACACUCAACUUUUUCACCUUUCUUUGUCUAUCUUUCACUUUGGUUAAUUUCUCGUGUAGUGUGUCCGAAGCCUCCCCGCUGACAUUAUGGAUAACUUCCAGAUUGUCCUGCGUUUCUUCAUGAACCAGAAAGCCACCAUUGGCUACAGUUUCAUGGCUCUCCUGACGAUAGGUGGGGAACGAGUCUUCUCCAUGGUCUCCUUUCAGUGCCCCUGCAAUCACGACCAGAACUUUGCUUAUGGGCUGACUUUCUUGCUGGGCCCGGCUGCGGUUCUGCUGGUCUUGGGUCUUUUCUUCAGCACCAGGUUGUGGAGGCUCUACACUGGCUGCUGCCUCGAUCCCAUGAAGCUUUGCCCUCGUGGGAACUGCUUUGGCUGCCUCAGAGCGUUCAUGAACAUCUUUACUGGGGCUUGUGUGGCUCCUAUAAUGUGGCUCUGUGUGGCCCUGCUCAACGGGACCUUUUAUGAGUGUGCUGUCAGUGGUCUUGAUGAUAACCUGGUGGUGGAUCUGUUCUGUAAAAACAAGACCUUGAAGUGUCGGGAGGAGCUGGCCCGUGUCCCCUGUGACCGGUCCAAACUGUCCAGUGAUGAGCGCAUGGAACUGCUGCUGAUGUUCAGGGCCCAGUCACAGAUCCUGGGGUGGUGCAUCAUCAUUAUCGCUGCCGUCACAGGCCUCCUGGGUACCUGCUGCACAAACUGCCGCUCCAAAGUCAGCUUCCUGCAGCUCACAUUCUGGAAACGCUACAUGGAGAAAGAGAAGGAGCGAUUCGAUGCCUUUGCUGUGGAAUACGCCACCAAGCUGGCCGAGAGAAACCUGCAGAGCUUCUUUGAGAAUAAGGAACCUGAGAAAUUCCCCUUCCCCAACCACAGGGCUUGGGAGGAGAUCUCUGCACACUAUACCUUCUCCAGGAGCGAGCAGUGUUACAGCACCCUGCAGCGUUACGUGGAGAGAGCUGAGAGGGACUUGACGCCAGAGAAGAGACCUGUCAUGGACUUGGAGCAUGGAAUAGAGAUGAGCUAGAUGAGGAGAAUGUGGAACAGCCAAGCUGUGGUGAGACUAGUUACUCAUCACUGUUGGUAUUUAACUAUAUUGUAUGUGUCUCAGGAAAAGACUCCUCAUUGACUAGGCUGCCCUUUCAGUUACUCCAAAGAAUGGGGCUAUUGCAAACUACAAUGGUACAACCUCCUCUAAGCACAAAUAAUGAAGGGCAUAACCACUAUUUUAUACACACUAAUUCUCCCGGCCUCUGUAAAACUGCAUGCAUUUGAGGUCUUCUAUUACUAAAUAAACACUACUUUUGAAUUUUGCACCUUAUUGUACCUUAUUAAAGGUGCUGUAUGCUGCAUUUUGGCUAACUUCCUCUCCAUUCCAGUCCCACCAGAAAAACGCGAUUAUGCGAUCGCAUAAUUCAAUGUGAUCAAUUCAAUUUUUUCAAAUACGCCGCACUUUCGCCGCAUAAAUUGCCCAUUUCCGCGCAAAAUAUGCGGGGCUUGCAUGAUUUCAUAAUCCCCGCAUUUUGGUUGCAAAAAAGUCACAUAUAUCUUAGCAGAAAGUUGAAAAAUGUUGCGUUCACUUCACUCGAGCAGCCAUUUUCCCCUGUUGCCAUGGGAACGUUAUGAAGUGACGUAAUUACGCGACGUGAACAUCAUCGAAAAGCUGCAAACCCCGCAAUGAAAACCGUACAGUUGUAAGUAUAUUAGUAGUAUGUAAAUUUACGUUACAGUAAGAGAUUGCACUUUGUGCAUUGGAAGCACUUAUUUUAACAGAAUGUCUGUUUUGUAUAGCUACCUCUGUAAAACAGGAGGCACAAAUUUCAUUUUUUUAUAGUUUAUUUAUUCAUUUUCACAGAAGUUGUAGCAUAUUCCUUUUGUAAAGCUACAGAACUUGUUUGACUCAUCAAUGUUUUGUAAGUUUGAGCCAUGUGUUUAUUAAGGUCUGAAAUAAAACAAGAUGAGAACUUAAAUAUUCCCAGCACUUUCUGUGAUGCUUGCUUAUCAUAGGAAGUAAUAAGAAAUGACUCUUUACAUUAAGGUAGUAGCCUAGUGAGAACAGGGUGUUGGGGGAAUCACUUUUUUUUCUCCUUUUCAUCAAACCACAAUUUUUGCAAGUUCCCGCAAUUUCAUCGCAUAAAAUUACAUAAAUAUCCCGCAUAUUCCAUCGCAUUUUUUAAGAAAACGUGCCGCAUAAUCAAGGAUUUUUGCCCGCAACAAUCACAAAAAAACUCUGCAUUUUUCUGGAAGGACUGGCAUUUUUGCAAUUAGCAGCAACCUCUCUCCUCCCCUUCACCACACUGAAAUUCUGAUGCCUGCUCUUUUAAUAGGCCUUUUCCACCAACAGGGAACCAGCUCCAUGUGGUUCAAGGACCUUGUUUUGAACCGUUCUGAGCAUUUCGAUCAAAAUUAAAUUGGUUCAGAACCUGAAAAGUUGGUUCCCAGCUAGAACCAAAAAAUAGGUUUUUCUUGGGAACCAAAGUGGAUGUGUCAUAUUCUGCAGGUCAUGUCUUCAAAGUUAUAAUUAAAUGAAAUGAGAUUAUGAAUCAAAAGUGUUUUUGUUUAACAAGAGAGAUGGCUUCUGGCUUCUCUAUUCAGUUCAGGUAAUUAAACUACCAUUCACUACUUCUGUUAGAGAGCAUGCUGUAGCCUCACUAAGCUUUCUGUGGGAACGGUUUCACAUGCAGUGGAUGAAACUAAGCAGCACUUAACAAGUAAUUAGUUUGGUUGAGUCCCUUUUCAAAACUAUGAAGCCUAUAAACAGUCUUGAUAAUACAAGUAAAUCUACCUAAAAUUUUAUUUAUACGACUGAAAAUCAUUAUAUAAAUGGACUGUACAUAUAUUGUGCCUUUUUUAGUCUUUCAACCACUCAGUACACUGUACACUACAUGCCACACUCACUCCAUUCACACACAUUCAUACACUAAUGGCAGUGGCUGCCAUGCAAGGUGCCAACUGCUCACCAGAAAGGAAAUUAAUCAUUCAUACACACCGAUGCACAGCAUCAGGAGCAAUUUGGACACUUUGGAGGAGCCGGGGAUCGAACCGCCAAUUAGUGUACGACCCGCUCUACCUCUGAGCCACAGCUGCCCCGAAACACGGUAAACAUGGGAAAUGAGCCAUACACUAAUUAUACAUUAUCAGUUUGUAAAUGAAAGAAGGCAGUCCUAGAGGUCUGCUUCCUGUGGGAAUUAAAUGACAUGUCCUGAUCAAAGAUAACUCCAAGAUUCCUGACAGUGGUUCCAGAGGCCAAGGUAAUGCCAUCUAGAGUAACUAUUAUAUAUAGUGAAGGUUUCAGCAAAUGACAAAAAUGUAAAAUUACCUACUUUAAGAAAUUUGACAAUCUCAGAUCUUUUAAAAAAAUCUUUGAAGCAUAUCUUUGAACCAUGGUUUCAUCCAACAGCUCUAACAAACAGCAAUGUAAAAAGGCACAGAAGGAAUCAAGGAAAUGUAUUUAUCAUUAUACAACACAAGGUUGUAUAACAAAUGAAGAUUUGUAGUCCCUUCAAGCUACACACAUAGAAAAAGAUAACUAAAUUCAUAGAAUAACAUAUAAAAUAAAUAAAGUAAUAAAGUAAACCAGUAUAUAUACAUACAGAAAUUGAUAUUGUAACCAAGGCAAUAUAUUGCAUUUUUUGUUUAUGCAUAUAAUUUGUUUAAAUUAUUGUUUUUAAAUGUGUACAGCACUGUGGUAUAGAGGUUGGGGAUUGUGGUGGCAACUUGUUUAAUAAAGCAUACAAAGUAUGA